AUGGCUCAAGAUAACCAAAAUGUUGAAGGUCAAGUCAACUUAGAAGAUGGUUCAUUAUACGUUGCUUACACCGUUCAAGCUAACUGUGAAGAAUUUGCUUACUGUAACUCACCACAAUUUGACUUCACUUUCACCACCUCAGAAGAUAGUUAUGAAUUCGCUGUUGCUCCAGAAUCAAACAAAUUAAGAGCCGAUGUUGCUGAAAUUAUCUCAUGGGAUUGUGCUUCAUUCGCUCAAGCUGUCUGUCCAUCAUCAUCAUCAUCUUCUUCUUCUUCAUCUUCUUCUACUCAAGCUUCCUCAUCAACUGCUGGUCCAAUCACCACUGUCACUACUGCUGUUCAAUCUGUUGAACCAAAUUUCAACGAUGUUGCUCACUCAUCUCACGAUGGUAGAGCUGGUGAUUUAUACUGGGAUGCUUCAUAUGUCAUCAAAUCAUUCAACCAUGGUACAUCAGAUAACAUUUACACUGUUGAAUGGACUUUCAAAUUCUCUGAAGAUAUCAACGCUGCUGAUUUUGAAUUCGAAAACAUGAACAAAGAUAACAUGAACGUUGCUGGUCAAGUUAACUUACAAGAAGGUUCCUUAUAUGUUUCUUACACUGUUCAAGUUGAUUGUGAAGAGUUUGAUUACUGUAAUGCUCCACAAUUUGAGUUCACCUUCACCACCUCAGAAAAUAGUUAUGAAUUUGUUGUUGCUCCAGAAUCAAACAAAUUGAGAGCUGAAGUUUCUGAAAUUAUUUCAUGGAAUUGUGAUUCAUUCCAACAAGCUGUUUGUCCAGCUUCAUCAUCAAGCUCUUCUGCUUUCCCAUCAUCAUCAGAUGCUUCAUCAUCAAUGAGUUCUUCAUCUGAUUUCUCAUCAUCAUCAUCCGAUAUGUCAUCAAUGAGCUCUUCAUCUGCUUUCUCAUCAUCAUCUGAUGCUUCAUCAUCCAUGAGUUCUUCAUCAGCUUUCCCAUCAUCAUCAGAUGCUUCAUCAUCUUCAUCCGAUGCUAACUCAUCAAUUACUUCAGCUUCAACCUUAACUACAACUGAACACAAUGAUUCAACCACUGUAAUUACUGUUACUUCAUGUGAUGGUGAAAACCACUGUACCGGUGUUCCAAUUACUACAGGUGUUACUGUUGUCACUCAAACCAGCAAUAGUGUUGUUACUGAAUACACUACUUACUUUACCACCGGUGUUACUGUUAUUCCACAAACCAACAACGGUGUUGUUACUGAAGUUACUACAUACUGUCCAUUAUCCGCUCAAACUGCUGCCCCAUCAGCUUCAGGUUCAGCUCCAGCUCAACCAACCAAUGCUACAAUUGGCCCAGCUACAAAAGAUGGAUCAGAAACCGAUGCUUCUAAACCAACUAAUGGUCCAAAUAGCUCAAGUUCAGCUGCCGCACCAUCAUCAACUGUUGAUAUUGCUACCUAUGAAGGUGCUGGUUCAGCUCUUGUCAACAAUUGCUUCAUUGCAGCUUUAGCUUCUGCUUUAGUUUUCUUAUUCUAA